AUGGAGGAGGGGACAUUCCUUCGCCUCCUCCCUGCCUUCGUGCUGCUAUGCUGCAUUCAUUCGACCAGCUUGCUGGAGCAGAGGGCCAUGUCGCCAUUGCAGGUCCUUGAACGCGCACAGGAACGGCCUGCCGCGGUCGUGAGGCUCCGUGGAGGGUCGCAGGAAAUGGGAUCCAGUAAGAUUGCGGGAGAGAUCGGUCAGGGGGUGAUGGCUCCGGUGCAGGCGACUGGAAAUGCGCGAGCUGCGGGGGCUCGAACUUCAGAAGGAGAGACAAGUCUGCAGUGCCACAAGUGCGGGUAUGACAGGUUCUUCUCCCCGAUGAAGAAGGACCUGAUGAGUUCGAGGGGACAAGCCAAUGAGGACCUGUCGACGCAGAUUGAGAGGGGCAGGCUGAUUGCGUUGGAGGAAGCGAAGUUCGGGAGGAAGUUCACGGUGGAGGAUCUGGAUGCAGAGAGCGAGAGGAGGGGCGAGGAGAAAGCUGAAGACAGUAUGCGCCUCGAGCGUUUUCUAGAGCUCUCGAGCUCUGUUGCGGAGCAGGUGACUGCAGGGCGAGUUGUCCAUACAGUGAAAGAUGCGCAAAACAAGCGGAGCGCCGAGAGGGAAGCCAGCAAGCUCGCGAUAGCAGGGAUCAAACUCCUUUACGCCGAUCAGCUGAAAAAUGUCAAGAAGUGGGCGAGCAGAGAGGACGAUUCGAGAUUCGGCAAUGAGAGGGAAGGAGAGCUGGAAGGAGAUGUGUCUGGAGCUGCGGAGGAGGACAGUAGGUUGCUGCUGUCACCUGUAGCUAACGCGAAGCUGUCACAAGAUCAGUCGCAGACUAUCAAGAGCAUGUUGAGAGGUACCACGUGGGCCGAUGACGAGUUGCUGGCUCCAUCCGAGAGCCAGGGGUGCGGGGAAGAGCAAAGGAGACAGGAGGAGGAGAGGGGGGGGGAGGGGCGGAGGGAAGGGGAGGAGCAGCAGCAGAGAGGGGAUGGAGAGAAUGACAAGCAUUCAGAAUCUUGUACUCAAGCACUUGAACCUGUCAUCUCCAUGUUCGAUGAUGAUGAUGAAGGGAAAGACGAGCAAUACAAGUUGAAUGACGUCAGCCUGCAGUCAGACGAGAAGCUCGCGGAGGCUCCUGGAGGUUGCGAUGGAGGGACGUGUAGGGAGACGGACGAGAUGGAAUGCGAGGAGGAAGGAGAGGAGAAGGAGGCGCUAGAAGGAGCAACUGGAGGCAAGGAGGCGAUGACGAUGGACGACAAGAGGGAUGGGGGUGGGGACGGGGAACUUAAUCCCAAGGGAUCUACGGGGGGGAGAGUGGUUGAAGGGCAGGAGCAGGGAGUGCGAGCAGGGAAGCAGACAGAGCACGAGGCGCCAGCAGGGCUCACAGAGCAGGAAGUGGCUGUGGAUUCUGUACAGAUAGUGGGGGCAGGCCAGGGAGGAAUGUGUAAUGUGCCGAUGCUGAAGGAGGAGACGAUGGAGGAUGAAGUUGUCGCAACUCAUCAACUUCAUCUAGCAAGCAGGGAGGUGGGGCAGAGGGAGGAAGCAAUGCUGGUCCAGGAGGACGGGAACAUGUCAUGGUGGGAGAGGAAGAGCGUGUGGCAGAGGGAGAUGGAGAACAGGCUCGCAAGCUUCCGUAAGAGGAAUCACGAGAUGAGCGAGGGAAGGGAGGAGGUCAACCAGACCUCCUCCUCCAACUCCAGCGAGGCCUUCAACUCAACAAGUCCUCGGAGAGCCGCAGCGGCAGAGUUGCGGAAGAAAGAAAAGAAGAAGAGGACGUGCGAAGGAGGAGCAGGUGGGGCGGACGCACACAAUGUUACCAAGAAAGCGCCUGCCGUACAGCUGUUGGUGGAUGGGGAUAACAGCGGAAAGAUUCUCAAGAUAAUCAGCAAGUGGUACCAACAGCCCUCCUCCUCUAUCCGCAAGAAGCAUCCCGUGCAAGUGUUUUGCAGCAGACACUACGAUGGAAUGAUGCCGAACCCACUGAACUUCCAUCGUGCCAGCACAGGCCUGCCAGAAGCAGCCGAUCAUGAGAUCUCGUUCUUUGCCGGAAGGAAAUGCGAGGAGUGGAAGAGGACGGAGACAUUCGUGCUGGUCAUCUCGAGGGACGAUGCCAUAGAAAACACCGUCCAGCUCUUAAGAAGGAGUGGAGUUGCUUCUGCCUACGUCACUCCAGUUGCCAUCACUUCGAGAGAAAAUCUCAACAACAUUGUGAAGCAGAAAGUUUUCGAUAGCAUACAAUGA